CGAAAAGGGGCAUGUGAAAUAUUCUCUCGAGGGCAUCAUUGCAGCUAGCAUUCCAUUCCAUCUCACUCCAUUCCACUAUCUUCGGGCAAUGUUUAUAAAGCCUCCCGUUCUAGCAGUGGCAAGGCAACCAAACACAACUUACCUUUGCCAUCUCUCAUUUGAUUUGUCUCAUGCAAGUGUAAAGCCCUGAAGAAAGACAUGAACAUAUAACCGAGAGAAAAAGACAAGCCAAGCUAGAAUCUGUUCACGUUUUGCUAGGAGUGGUCACUGGUCAGAGUUUCAGAGUAUCAUCACUUUGUUGAAAGCACCAGUCAAAAGCAAGAUCAGAUGAUCCAGAUGGAUAAUCUUGUGCAGCAGUCAGAGAUGGAGCUGCUGAAGAUGGCCAUGCUCAAGCAUGAAGAGACCUUCAGGGAGCAGGUGAAUGACUUGCACCGGCUAUACCGCAUCCAGAAGCAGCUGAUGAGCGGCCCGACUUUGUCGCCAGAGCUACGACCCUGCAGGGGGCAGAGCCGCCGGCACCCACGGCCCCGGCCGCCGGAGCUGAACCUCGUCGGCACUGGCACAGUCCUGAGCCCAACGUCCAGGGAAAGGGAAGAUGAGCUGGAGCUCACGCUGGCCGUCGGUUGUGGCAGACAGAGAAAGCGGCGGGACGGCGAGCUCUUCCCGGUGCCGUACCACCAGAGAGCGAUGGCGUUUGAUCUCCGGGAAGGGAUGAUGGCGAAGCAGCCGCCAUGGCUCCUGAAGUGCCUGAGCCUUAGGAUGGCUUGAUCGAUUUGAGCAAUCUGACCAGGAGAUAGCAGGCAUGCUGAAAGCCUGAAAUGCCAUCGAUCAAGCCAUCCUAAGGCUGAGGCAAAUUAGAUCACCAGUGUUGGUGUCUUGUUUUCUUCUCCUUGAUCUGACACUGGCUCAUGAAUAUUAUAUGGAGAAAGCUUUCAGAAAAUGGGGGAUUGCAAGCAGUAGCGGACCAGGAGAUAGCAGGCAUGCUGAAAGCCUGAAAUGCCAUCGAUCAAGCCAUCCUAAGGCUGAGGCAAAUUAGAUCACCAGUGUUGGUGUCUUGUUUUCUUCUCCUUGAUCUGACACUGGCUCAUGAAUAUUAUAUGGAGAAAGCUUUCAGAAAAUGGGGGAUUGCAAGCAGUAGCGCCCGUGGUAGUAGCAAGCAAUGCCAUAAUUCUACAAAUAUGGUCCAAAAUUGAAUAAAAAAACGAAGAAUCGGUACCUA